AUGGUUGACAUCGCAGAAGCCCCGUCCACCCCAACUGCCAGCCUUUCUGUGCCUUCGGACGAGGCUCUCCGCAAAUUCAAGUGUCCGGAGUGCACGAAAGCGUUCAAAUUCAAGCACCAUCUAAAGGAACACAUCCGGAUUCACUCGGGCGAGAAGCCAUUCGAGGUAAGCAGAUACCUCCGGGCGCCCGGCCGCUUCCCGUAGUCACCUGUUGCUCUCCCAUUCAACCAAUUUAUCAUUGUCGGACAUGACGGCCUGACAUACCUGUGCUCUAAUGUUUUCGCGAUGCCCACCCUAAUGAUGAUAUGUGCGAAGGAAACUCUUCAGGCGACCGACUCCCUUGUUCCCAUUUUCUCAGUGUCCCUCUCCGAAAAAUUGGCUCGUUGUGUGUGUGUGUGUGCGUCGUCCAAAAUUAGAAGGUUAGGUGAAGCAGGAGAGCGCCUCAAAAAGUAUAGAUGCCCGCCAGGCAUUCAUUAAUUCCUUUUCUCCGCCGGCUCCCCACUUUGCGAAUGCUCCUUCUAAGGUGUGCUUCUGCCUUGUAGCUCUCGUAUUGGUCGCCGCGGCUCACCUGAGCCCGCCCCCUCCGGCUCACCUGCAGAGCGCCCUCCCCUUUGCUCUCAUUGGCUGCCGAUGAGCCCUCUUUAGGCAACUGAGAGAGCACCUUUGGGUGCAAUAAACAAACCUUGGCGCGUUGGCAUCGCCAGUACGUGAUCCACUACCACGAGAUUUAUCGGUCCCAGUGGAAAGCAGUCCCUUCAGCCCGCCCGGCGGCUCCCUUUGAUAAAUUGUCCUUUUUGCAGUGCCAACAGUGCCACAAGCGAUUCUCGCAUUCUGGAUCGUACUCAUCUCAUAUGAGCAGUAAGAAAUGUGUGCAGCAGGCAUCUCCGUCCAUGGUCACUCCUUUCAAUCCGUACCAACUCAUGAUGUAUAGGAACAUUAUGAUGCAGCUGCAAACGCCCCAAGUCUCUUUUCUGCCAGCAAUCAAUACGAACAAUGUGGAGAACGCCUACAUGAGCAUGCUUCAAGCGAGUCUCCUCCAGAAUUUGGAAAACGGAUCCCCAACUGCCACGUCACCGGCAUCUCUAAUCUCAUCUGUUCAAGAGCCAACGACCACUACCAGUUCUCCACCGUCCCCCGAACCAAAGAUUGAAGUGGUGGACGAGCCGGAAAUGAAAAUGGAAGACAUCCAGAACUCUGUCCCGGAAGAAUCAAUCACUCCUGCCGUGUCUGUCUCUCUGUCCCCAGUGCCCGAAGAUAAAAAUGGAAAUGAAUCUGUGAAUGGCGGAUCCAGCGACGGAAAAACUUCCCCGGAUUGGAGACCGUUGAGAUCGAGAAGUUUUCUGAAUGAUUCUCAGGUACAUUGAAAUUUUUUGAUACUUCAUUGGCAUUGUUUUCUGUUCAGGUUGCCGUUCUCCAGAACCACUUCAAGAGGAAUCCGUUCCCUUCGAAGUACGAACUGUCAGCAGUGGCCGAGCAGAUCGGAGUCAACAAGAGAGUUGUGCAGGUAAGAACUCAACCUGAUUAAAUCCUUUCGGCCAACGGAAUGUUGGUUUCCCACAAGGUGGGAGAGUGCGGUGAACACAUGUGCAUCAAGUAGCUCAUCAAAUUCCUGUGUACAUACACCCAAUAUUCUCACUUUUGCUUAGUCGUCGUCCAGAAGAAAUAUGUUCGUUGUCACUGCGCCUCUGUCCGUACCGCACUCUCUCCACCAGGACGCAGGUGCCCCAUCAUCAUUGUGCGCCCGCGCCUCUACCCUAUUGGCUGCCUCGUUAUUUUACCGCAACCCGUGUGCCUGCUCCAAGGGGAAUCUUUUGCAGGUCUGGUUCCAGAAUACGCGGGCAAAGGAGCGACGGAGCAACCGAUUGCCGAGCAUGCCACGUGGCGCGGCCGGCUUGGCUCCGAGCUCCCCAACGGUUUGGCAGACUCCGGCUCAAUUGAUGGCCGCGUGGGCACAACAAUGCUUGCAAAACGGAAACAACUUGAACGGCUCGCAGGUGAGAGACAGUUGGUCUAAUUGGGAUCCUUGAAAAGAACAGUGUGCCAUGUUUUCGCGCAUUUGGUGCGUGGACGCCAAUUGGAUUAUCCGGAAGACGGGGGUUAUUAGGUUCAUCAAUGGGUCGAAUGGCAGGUAGUUAGGACGGGCGAGCAACUUGCCAAAUUAGGAGUCUCUCCUCGGAAGGCCAAUUAAUUCAAACAUGCUGUUUUCGUUGUCUCUCUUGACACAUCCGUCCGAACCCAGGUGAUUCAUAAAUCAUUUCGGCUGCCUAGUGUGCCUUCCAAAUAUCAAUUCAUCAAUUUCGCGUCCGGCCCUGCACGUCUCAUCCGCGUUCAGCUGGUUGUAAAUGAGGAGCUGCCCACAGGAAAUGCCUCAUCAAAUUUGCCUAAUUCGACACCUGCUCUCUCCCCAAUUUUAUGAAUAUUUAUGGUACCGUUCGCUCGAAAAACUGGUCAAUAUCUUGUCUUCCGGCUUCUUCUCCUUCGGCUCAGUUUCAGUUCAUUCUUAGGACCUUUUUGCACGUGGAAACGUGAGAAGCACAUAUGAUACUUCUCUGCGAAGAUGAUCCAAUUAGGGUGGCACCUAAAUACGUGGAAGGGGAGAGGCAGAUAUUGUCGAAUAUGAAUAGAAUAGGAGCAUCUGUCGACGCUCAUAAAAGACAAGGAGGCGAGGAAGGGGAGGAGGAGGAGAAGGAGGACUCGCCUAUAAUAGGAUGAUACUAAACGAGAAUGGCUUGUUGCCACCUGAGCACCCUCAAGAUGUUGCUGCGGAUAGCAUCUGAGACGGAAACGGGGCGAAAGGGCGAGGGCUCCACUGAAGUUCACCUUAUUUCCAAUUUAAAAGUGUCCUCUUCUUGUCUCCUGCUCGCCUGACACGCAUACAUAUAGACGGCGGCGGCGCGGCGGAGGAUGGGACGAAAGAGGGUGGCUCGUUCAAUUUCCCCUUUUGUCUUGCAUAAUUUGUGUCAUUCAAUUUACCUUCUCCUUUCCUGACCAGACCCUUUCGCUCUCAUUCUCACACGCGCUCUCACAGGAAAGAGAGAUGGGGAAAGCGGGUGUGAGAGAGAGAGAGAGAGAGAGAGAGAUAGAGAUAGAGGGGGACGACACGAGCCGGGACCCAUCAAUGGAAAUGAAAUGAAUUCGAGUGUUUUUGGUGUGGCGGCUGAGGCGGCCGUAGUAAGGAGAGGAGCACCUGCUAAUGAGCUUCUUUGUCCUCUCCUUGCCUUCUUUUCCUUCUUCUUCUUCUUCGUCUUCUUCGUCAAAAUAGCGCAGAAGACGAGGUGAGGGGCCGAAAGGAAAGAAGAAGAAAAAGUCAGCAAAAGGGAGAUGCUAGCGUGGAGAAAGACAUAUGGACCACUCUGCGAAUCAAUCAGUUUGCAGGACGAGACGACGAUCGCUUCCACGACAGUACGCAACGAGAAUACGUUAGCAGAUGAGGUGAUGGAUCACGACGGACUGAAGCAAGAGGGAAAGGAGACACCACUCGACCUUACUCUGGCCAACGACGAUACGGAACCGGAAUGGAGUCCCGAGAAACUCAUCGGCUUUUUGGAUCAGACCGGAGGAGUUAUCCAAGAACUUUUGAGACAAGCCGGCAACGGAUUCGUCUCAAAUCAGGAGGAUGAAGAGGAGAAGCCGGUUGUGAAAAGUGAGGAGAGUCCUGUCUCCAGCUCGUCUUCCUCGAUCUGGCCUUCGUUUAUCGGACAGUAUCCGAACAUUCUGGACACGGCAAGCUUGUCCGCAUUGGAAAAAGCUCUAGAUGUGAGUUUCGAACAAACAAAUCAGACAUUCAUUUUCCGCAUUUCAGCAGCAGAAGUCAUCUGAAGACGACGCCUCCUCCUUGUGCUCCAACGAAUCGAAACUCCUCAAGUUCCCGACGACGCCGUUGAAGGAGGAAGAAGGUCUCUUCUCGUGUGAUCAGUGCGACAAGGUUUUCGGGAAGCAAAGUUCGCUGGCUCGUCACAAAUACGAGCAUUCUGGUUAGUCGUCGGGUCACCGAAAUUAGAGGGUAUUAGAGGGGGAAGACACCAUGUUUGGAUACAUGGCGACGUGAUGCAAUCGUAUUAAUUGAAUUAGGAUCCCUAAUCUAAUUGAGAGCACACCGGACAGCUGUAUGUGUGCAUGAGAUCUCGCUUUUUGAAAGGACAAACACAAAUGAUGAGCUUACGGGCGAGAGGAAGUUCAUGCUGAGAACGAUAUUGUUGCAGGUCAGCGUCCGUACAAAUGCGACAUCUGCGAGAAGGCUUUCAAGCACAAGCACCAUCUGACGGAGCACAAACGACUUCAUUCCGGAGAGAAGCCGUUCCAAUGCGACAAGUGUCUCAAGCGAUUCUCCCAUUCCGGCAGCUACAGUCAGCACAUGAACCACCGAUACUCGUACUGCAAGCCGUACCGGGAGCAGCCGGGAGCCUCCCCUUCAGAAGUACUCGCCGGGAGCGUGACUGUCAGCCCUUCUUCUUCCAACACCCCACCUCCUUCCUAA